GACACCUAUAAAUCGAGGGGCCUUACACACACAGUCUUUAAGUGGAUCGUGCGCAUGCGCUAACUUCCUCUUUUCCGGCUGGAACCAUGGAGGUUGUCGAGGAGAAGAAAAAGAAGGUUCCUGCUGUGCCAGAAACGCUUAAGAAAAAGCGAAGACAUUUCGCAGAGCUGAAGGUAAAGCGCCUGAGAAAGAAGUUUGCCCAAAAGACGCUUCGAAAGGCCCGGAGGAAGCUCAUCUAUGAAAAAGCCAGGUACUACCACAGGGAGUACAGACAGAUGUACCGGACUGAGAUUCGGAUGGCGAGGAUGGCAAGGAAAGCUGGCAACUUCUAUGUACCCGCAGAACCCAAAUUGGCAUUUGUCAUCCGGAUCAGGGGUAUCAAUGGUGUGAGCCCGAAGGUUCGCAAGGUGUUGCAGCUUCUUCGCCUUCGCCAAAUCUUCAAUGGUACCUUCGUUAAGCUCAACAAGGCUUCCAUUAACAUGCUGAGAAUUGUGGAACCGUAUAUUGCAUGGGGGUACCCAAACCUGAAGUCAGUAAAUGAACUAAUAUACAAGCGUGGCUAUGGCAAAAUCAAUAAGAAGCGAAUUGCCUUGACAGAUAACUCACUGAUCGCUCGAUCUCUUGGUAAAUAUGGCAUCAUCUGCAUGGAGGAUCUGAUCCAUGAGAUCUAUACUGUUGGAAAACGCUUCAAAGAAGCAAAUAACUUCCUGUGGCCCUUCAAAUUGUCCUCUCCACGCGGUGGGAUGAAGAAAAAGACCACCCAUUUUGUGGAAGGCGGUGAUGCUGGCAAUAGGGAAGACCAGAUCAACAGGCUUAUUAGAAGAAUGAACUAAGGUAUCUACCGUGGUGUUUUUAUGAUUUGGUCAGUUAAUAAAAGUGUCUGCUUCCAAAUUGAAA